ACACUCGGGCAAACGACGAAGUUAGUGGUGAGAAACUCAACGCGACGACAGCUGUGUUUCAUUGAGAAGCCCUAACGUGUGCGUGCGUCUUCGUGGAACCGGGAAAUAUGUAAUGGAUUGAAUCAUCCGAAGAUAACUCAGAAGCCAUGGAAAGAGUUGAAGUCCGACUCAACUUGGAGGUUCCUCGCAAUUCGUGUCUGUAUGAGGUUCGGCAGUUGAUAGCUUCAAGAUUCGACAACAUCCACUGGCUGGAUCUUUGUGAGGACGAUCAUCGCGUUUGUGAUGACAAAAGACCUCUCAUAGCGUCGAUACCCAGCGUGACAUCCGAAUUGGGAUGCGAAUUCGUGGCCGACGAAACCUACCCAGACUGGUGCAUCGCCGAACCCGGCACAGAUAUCGAGAAAAGCUGGAAAGUACGGAACAAUGGAUGUCGGAGAUGGCCCGAGGGAACUCGUUUGCGUCAGUGCUGGGGAGAUCUCAGCAAGGCUCAAACGGCGUCUGUACCGGCGCUUGACGUGGACGAGGAAGGCGACGUGAGAGUGCCAAUUUCUCUCCCAACUCACAACGGAGUUUUCCAAGCUCACUUCAGGUUGUAUCAUCCAGACUUCGGAUAUUUCGGGCAUAAACUUUGGUGCAAUCUGAUUCUUCGGGAAGAAAGCUCCGUUCAGGAUGUCUCGAGUGACAUAUUGGAUGAUUUGGACGUGGAACUCCCUCCUUGCUUCGAUAUCGACUACAACGAGGACCUCCUUCGGAGGCAGGUUCAGAGCUCUCCGACGGCUUUCCGGCACAAGCCGCGUCAAGAGCAAUACAGACUCGAAGCCGAAGCUCUUCCCGAAGCAUUCAUAACUGGCGCCUUGAGUGCGUGUUCUUCAAUAUACAAUGUGGCCAAGGCCCUAAUUGAACCUCGAUCUCACGACGAGAGGUCGUCUGCGAAUCGCCCAAAGCGCUGAGGCGUCGCACAAAACUUCACCCUUCAUGCUGCGGACGAUCGACCUCGGCGUCUCAUUGAUUUAAGCUGUGUAAAGUCAUUCAUGUAAAGCAAACAGCAGGAUAAAUGCUUUUACAA